AGUAUAUUUCUUCACCCCUCCUCUAUGAAACCCUCUUUCCUCUACCUGGCAGUCUUCUUUAUAAUUCAGCCAUCCACAUAGACACGGGAUGAGUAUCGCUCACCGUUACAUCUUCCGCCCCCUCUCAACCCUAUUCAGAACCGGCUCCUGGAGACCGCCUAUGUAUAAUUCAGAUCGCUACAAGCCAUCUGUCGAAGAUGUGCUCUCCGUUAAAGAGUUUCUUGGCAGCAUAUCCUCUUUUCCACUCGAACUUAUCGAUACAGUUAUCGAUUUCGCGGAAUAUUGGCCUCACACCUCCACUGCCAUAACUACUCCAACGAUUGCCCGCGCUCAAAAUCAAGAGAAUAUACUGGUGUUGAGAUCCUAUCCCAUCGGCUUCCUCCCGAGCUCUGAUCCCUCCAACGGUGGUUACCAAAUACUACCCGAAGACCAAGAGAACUAUGAAACUAUGGAACCUCAUCCAUCUCCCGAUUCACCUAUAGCCUCGGAGAGUAUAACUCAAGAAGUCCUCGAUCACAUGACAUUAAAAUCCAAAUCUAGAGGCGACCAUCCAUGCCGAAAGAUUGUAUUUACAAUCAAAUCCCAUGACCAAGGCUGGGGAGGUGGCCGCCGUGACGUGAACAAUCCAUACCAUGGAUCCUACACGUGGUUUGACGUUGGCCUGGAAAAGCUAACUGCCUAUCAGGAAUCCGCUCUACCAGAGGAGGGGAAGCUCCUCCCUCAGUUUCGUCUUGGCAGUGAUAGCCCAGAUGGUAACUCUAGCCCGAUUGUCUGCACUCUCCGGACUAUUCUUCCUCGUACAGUUGCUCGACAAGACAGCGCAACACCCUCAGAAACCUCAUACCAAUUUGACCAUCCCCUCUUGCCCGCCGAAAUGGCCUUGCAGAAGAACGUGAUGGCUGAGCGAACGGCGAAGGAACAUGUAGUCACAUGGUCAUACUUCGACAAUAUAGAUCCUGAAUCCCCCGAGGCCGACCAAUUAGAGACCAAAGGAAGAGGCCGCGCCUCUGCCACGGGACAGUGGGUCAGGGAUCUAAAGGUAGGAGACGUGGUGACGGUUUGGGCCAAGGCGAGAUUUCCUGGCUGGUCCAACCACAUCCAGGCAUUGAAGAUUGAUGUUUAUUGGGCUGUUUGAGAUGCGUGGGACGUGGUGCAGAUCAUGAAUGAUGAAAUGAGACGUUGCGUUUGGAGUUUAUGGCGUCUUACCGGGCUCGAAUGGGGGGCGUAGAUAUGAUGAAUACAGAGAGCAAUUCCUAUUUUUAUCAACUUUUCCUCAUUUUCAGCCAAGAGACAUCUUGAGUAUUCGAUCUCUCAAUAGUCAAAAUCCAAAUCUAAGGAAUAAGUUCAAUGGCCAUC